UUAAUUUCUUGCUUAUUUAAAAUUAAAUAACACCAUUAUAUACUGUACCUCACCUAUGUUUGUAGCCGAAAAUCAUAAUAUUGGUGAUAUUGUUUUUAUCCUUCUUAUUAUCUUUGUGUGAGGUGUGCGAGUUAAAAACAUGACCGAAAACAAUCAUUUAUCAUUGGAACCAUCGCAAAUGGAGCUGGAACAGAUCAUGCAAGAUGGAAACAAUGGAGCUGACCCACCAAUUUUAUCACCAGUACAAAUCCAACAAGAAUAUUUUGAAAAUCUGCCAGACUAUGAUUGGGUCAAGUAUGAGCUCAGCAAUCGAAAAUACUUGUUGCAGAAUAUAGCAUUUGCCUUGUUUGGGGGUCCAACCUCUGAAGGCGAUAUGUUUGAUUCAUCUUUAGAGAAUGCUCAUCUAGAAGGCUACACUUCGAGACAGAAAGAACGGGUCAUGAAUGUGUAUGAUAAAUUAUGUGAACAGAGUAAAUAUUCACAAAAUGAUGAAGACAUUUACAUGUCUGUACUAUUAAUUGUUUGUGCAAAGCCAAAGCCUGUCAAAUUUUACCAAUUGGAACCGUCCAACCAUUGGUUAGACUUGCACCAACGUACUGAUACUGAUAUUUGGUGUACUGCUGUGUUUCGAGUCAGGAAAUGUAUUCCUACAACUGUUGGAGCUAAAACAUGUAAAGUUUACGUAGACGAAAACGCAAGAGUUUAUCAGGAUUGGGAUUCGUACUUGACUAACAAUACACUGCCCAAGUGUGUUCUCAUUGCCCCACAAGACGGGGAAUAUCAAGGUGUAAUACAAGAGGGAGAGGAUACUUUUGCAGUCAAGCUAACAGUCGCACCCUCUGCAGCACUAGGCCUCACCGCAAGGGUGCUAAGUUCGGUGGACACAGCAAGCACAGUGGCUUCGAUAGGCGCGGUGGGGGUGCUCGGAGUGGCCGCCUUCACGCCUAUAGGCCCCGCGGUGCUCAUCGGAGCGACUGUAGCAACCGUCGCUACGGGGAUAUACGGCCUCGUGCGAUCCUCUCUGCAUUUACACGACAGGCGUGUGCAUGAACAGAGUAUAAGUCCAACGGACGCGGAGGCGCGCGGCAGUUGGCUGAACAUAGCGGCGUCCAGCGUGGGGCUCGCGGCCGGCGCCGCCAGCGGCCUGCUGUCCAAGUCCGCAGCCGCCGGCACCAAUAUGACCAAAACGGGGCAAGUGUUGGCCGUAUCAGUGGAAGUCCUCCGACACGCGAACUUAGUCACUGGCGGAGCCGGCGUACUCAACAGUUUGGUGCAUAUUAUACUUAAGUAUCGCAAGCACGGAGAAGCGCCAACAACGCUAGAACUGUUCCAAUUCUCAGCAGCAACACUAUUCUUCUGUCACGCUGUAGUGUCCAACCGCACCGCGCAAAACAUCAUCGAAGACGCGCAAGCGAGCACCAUCAACGAGUAUCGCUCCACUCUCAGGAGUAACAGGCACAGAAAAAUGUUUGACAAAAUCAGCGCUGAAUCCCGAAGAGUCCAAGGUGCCGUUCAAGGUAACACCGAAGUCAUACGAGGGAUCAAGAACAUCUUGAACAAGGACCAGUACUUUGCGGACGUGCUCAAAAUAAAUAAAGAUAUAAACCAGCACAAGCUGCGCAUCUCGAUGACGGCUGACGGCCAAGUGAAUUUGAACUCCAUGCAUAAGUUCAAUCCUUCAGAAUUGUAUAGUUUAGGGAAAGAGGGUAGGACGCAAUUAUUCUCUUCCCUAGGCCCGGCGUCCGUGAACACGAGUAACGCGGCCACUCGUAUAGCACCGUCCACUACAGCUGUGACAGGUUACAUCGAUAGGGAAGAAGAACCAAGAGGUAUGUUAGUAGGUAUUCACCCUGGAGAAAUUAUUAGAAUUGGUACAUUACUAGUGAGAGUUAGCGCUUCCGGUGCUGAAAACGUAGCCUUGCUCCUGGAGAAUCUAAGUCAAGACGUCUACGCAAAUUUAAUGACGGUUGCCUUCAACGUCCUAUCGAACAUGGUGCCCGAGGACAUAGCGAGGCUGAGACUCUUGAGCCCAGACGAAGACUUGAUCGUUCAAAUGGUAAAAUUCGUAUUCAACUACCUAAAACACCAAAGGCCGUUGGGAGAUCCGAGUCGGGAGACCGACAACGGUGUGAUGGUUGUUCUCGCAGAAUUCUUCCAAAACGGCGUCGUACGCCAAGAAACUAUUUUACACUUAAAGGAUCAGCUUUUAAGAUGGGUCGAUCGUGAAAUGGAUAUAAGGAGACAGGAGUUUCCAAACAAAAAAAGCGUCGUGUGCGCCAAAUGUAACGGAAUCUUAUUUGUGUAAUUUAAAAGUAUAUUUGCUGUCACAAAAUACACAAGGUCUUAAGCGCACUUACUUUUGAUAGUUGUUUAUCCAAAGUAGAAUGAAAGUAUUCAUUAGUAGCCAAAAUAUUUGUAAGAAAUGUAAUGAAAUAUUACAAGGUAUUAUCGCAAGAUACAAUUAUGUACUCUAAUUAAUUGAAACAUAUCACAAAUUUACUAAAAUAAUCUUCGGAUGCCAUUUAUGAAUAUAUUAUUAUGAAUAGUCCAAUAAGCUUAAAAUGUAAAGAUGGUUUUGUCUCAAAAUUUUCCAUUAUUUGUGGUAUAUUUUGCAUAUUUUCUUUUGGAAGAUUAAAAGUUAUCAAGUUGAAAUCAAAAUCAAUCAAUUGUAUUUUUGUAUUAUACUCAUGCGUCUUGAGUCUCUAUGCGUUCCAGUUUUUAACUUAUUUUAUUUCUAAAUAAAAUAUAUUUUAAUGUUAAGAAAAAUAUCCUAUUAGAAUAAUUAUAUUAAUACUUAAUGUACCUAUAUUUUGCCUUAGUUGACUUAAAAGGAAAUCAAAUUGAAGAAAACUCAGAGAAUAGUUUAAGCGAUGCGCUCUAAACGUUCUAAAGUUCUGUUUUUCAGUUGUAUCACGUUUUCAUUGUUAGUUCGCGGUAACCUUGAGCUUGCUCAAAAAAACUGUAAGACAUGUGAAUGUUUAACACGUCGUCGUAAGCGCCGAAUGUCAUUACUUGUUUUGCUGAAUAUCCGUUCGCCUUUCAGACAAUCGGGUAUAGUCCGUACAAAAUAACUUCUCACGCGCCAUAAUACUCCGAGUCAACUGUCAUGUCUAAAGCACGGUUCACCUUUAAAAUAAGGGCUAAAUUCGUGCUUUUGCAUAAGUUAAAAUGGUGCGUGAGCAGUUAAUUUUACCUUUGAUAAAUGUUGAAUAAUAUCUCCAUGUUUUUAAGCAUUAUAAAUUGUGUGAUAGAUUUCAAGAUCUAAUUGAAAUAUCAAACAAGUUCCUGUUCAAAAAAUUAUACGACAAUGCAAAAGCAGUUCGCAGAGUUUUCAACAUAUUUCUGUGUAAAUGUUUCGUCAGUGCAAACUCACAGUAAGAUUGUCCAAUGCGCCUUGCAUAGCGUGUCGCUUACGCGUUUCUGCGAGAAAUAAUUUAUUUGCUUUUUAGAAAAGCAAAGAAAAAUUUGUUUAUUUGUCUAACGUUUAAAAUUUCGUCGGUCGUUUUCACUCGCGUAAUCUAAACCAAGAAUCUGGACGACUCUGUGAUAUGAAUAAUUUACAAAUCAAUGUAUUCAAGUAUAUUUUAUAAGAAUAUUUACCAAAAAAAGUAAAUGUAAAACAGUGCCUUGCACCUUUAAUAUUAUGCACAUUAUUAUAUUGAUUUUUGUUAUGGGCUUUAAAAUUUUUAUGUGAUUGUAGUUUAAUAAUGAAAUUAAAUUUUAUGGUAAAAACA